AUGCAGCACUCUUUCUUUGUCCAUGGUCAGCGUGUUUUCUUUUCUGGAGAGUUUCACCCCUUUCGACUACCAGCUCCAGGGCUAUGGCUAGAUGUAUUCCAGAAAAUGAAGUCAAUUGGCUUUAAUGGGGUUUCAUUUUAUGUCAACUGGGCACUUCUUGAAGGAAAAGAAGGAGAAUUCGAAGCUGAAGGGGUUUUCGCUCUAGAACCAUUUUUGAAGCUGCGAAAACAGCAGGUAUAUAUCUCCUUGCACGCCCGGGUCCAUACAUCAAUGCUGAACAUUGGAUCGAUCAUUGCCAAAGCUCAGAUCACAAAUGGUGGCCCAGUCAUUCUCCUGCAGCCCGAGAAUGAGUACUCGUCGGGGAACCCGCCAUUCCCCGACCCUAUUUAUUUCAAAGCUGUCGAAGACCAGUACAGGGAUGCUGGUAUCGUGAUCCCUUUCAUUAGCAAUGAUAAUAGCCCACAUGGUUAUUUCUAUGAUCAGGGACCUCCAAAAUGGCCUGUUUAUGGACACGAUAGUUAUCCCAAGGGUUUUGAUGACGACAUCUACCAAUGGCCCGCCAAUGCUCUCCCAACAGACUAUGGAGAAUUACACGAGGAAAUGGCACCCGACACUCCUUACUCAGUCAUGGAAUUUCAAGGCGGAAGCUGGGAUCCAUGGGGAGGAUAUGGAUACAACAAGACUGCAGCCCGAUUAGGGCCCCCAUAUCAACGCAUAUUCUUCAAAAACAUUUACAGCUUCGGAGCAACAGUCUUCAAUGUCUACAUGGGAGCUGGUGGAACAAACUGGGGUAACUUAGGUUACCCUGAAGGAUACACUAGCUACGACUAUGGUGCCCCCAUUACUGAGCUGCGUACAGUCGAGCGAGAGAACUACAGUGAGUUGAAGCUGCAAGCGAUGUUCCUACACUCUUCUCCCGAGUACCUCAGCGCCGUGCCGCAAAACAACUCUCAUGCCAAUGGCUCAUAUACGGGGAAUACGAACAUCGCAACGACGGCACUCUUUGGGAAUACCACGAACUUCUUUGUUCUUCGUCAUGCAGAAUAUGACUCGCAGACAACCGAGAAAUAUCAAAUCAGCCUGCUAACGAGUAAGGGAAACACUACCAUUCCUCAACUGGGUGGGUCUUUGUCACUUGUUGGCCGAGACUCUAAAUUCCACGUCACGGACUACGAUAUUGCAGGACUCAAUCUCCUUUAUUCUACCGCUGAAAUUUUUACGUGGAGACUGUUUGGAGAUAAACGCGUUCUCAUAGUUUAUGGUGGACCUGGAGAAGUUCACGAGUUGGCUAUUGAACAAGGUGGCAAGCCUGUCGUUGUUGAAGGCAGCAAGGACUCGGUCAAAUUCGAUAAUAAAUCCGAUUCAACAGUGAUUCAGUAUACUGUUGGUGAGACGAGGACAAUUGUGAUGCUAUCUUCUGGCCUUUAUGUCUAUCUUAUGGUCUCAGGCAAUUUCACAAAUCCUACGACCUUCUUCGCAUCUCCUAUUGUCAAAGCUGGCUAUCUGGUGAGAACUGUAAAAGUGGACAAGGACAAUGUCUACUUGACUGGUGAUUUCAACGCCACAACCGACGUUGAGAUCAUAGGUGCUAACAAAGCCACUAAAUCUCUGUUUGUGAACAGCAAAUCCACAGUUUUCCAACAAGACCGUCAUGGUGUUAUCAAGGCUGUUUCGAAUUUCGUUACGCCUAGCUUUUCGUUGCCGAAUCUUUCAAAGAUUGACUGGAAAGUUCUGGAUUCUCUGCCAGAAAUUCAACCAGACUACGACGAUAGCAUGUGGACGGCAGCAUCUCUCACCACCAGCAAUAACACCGAGCGCAAUCUUACCACCCCAGUCUCACUAUAUGCAUCAGACUAUGGCUACAACACAGGAUAUCUUCUUUACCGUGGCAAGUUUCGGGCCAAUGGAAAUGAAAAGUUGUUCUUGGAGACUCAGGGCGGCUCAGCCUACGGUCACUCAAUAUGGGUCAACGACAAAUUCGUGGGAUCGUUCUCUGGUGCGAUUACGGCCUAUUCCAUGAAUCAGACCUGGGAUCUUCCCACCAAUAAUGGACAAACUUACGUCAUUACUGUUCUGAUUGAUCAAAUGGGAUUCGAAGAGAAUGGGUCCGCUGGAACGAGCGACAUGAAGACUCCUCGCGGAAUCCUGGACUAUUCGCUGUCUGGGCAUAAUAAGUCAGAUAUUUCUUGGAAGCUCACAGGAAAUCUAGGUGGUGAGGAUUACCAGGAUCACACGCGUGGCCCGCUAAACGAAGGUGAGCCUACUCUUGAAGUCCUAUAUUCAACCCUCGUGGAAGCCCUUGGAUCUGGUCCGGUCACUGCUAAGCAUUUUGGAACAUUAAAGGAGGGUUGUUCGCCGAACGACAAGGUUACCAUCUACCCGAAGCACCAACAAGCUCAUGGAACAGCACUCCAUCCGGCCCAAUGGCAGGACUAA